AAAAAACAUUACUGACGGAGAAAGCGUUUUCAUAUCUCAUUUGAACCUUCCGCAGCCAUCCGCGUGAAGAUCUUCCGAGUUCCGACCACCGUCUACGGUCGAUUGUCCAGCCUCAGCCCUCAUCGUCAAAGAUCUCAUCUCGCGGCUUCUUUCAAAUCGUAUCUCGCUGCAAUGGCAUGGAGAGGACAUCUUUCAAAGAACAUAAAAGAGCUUAGAAUUUUGAUGUGCCAGUCAUCACCUGCAAGCUCAUCUGCAAGGGCAUUUGUUGAAAAGAAUUAUAAGGAACUGAAGACAUUGAACCCAAAAUUACCCAUAUUGAUCCGGGAAUGCAGUGGAGUUGAACCCCAAUUAUGGGCAAGAUAUGAUUUGGGUGUUGAGAAAGGCAUUAAACUGGAAGGUAUGACAGAGCCACAGAUUUUGAAGGCACUUGAAGAUCUGGCAAAAGCAGGGCAAUCUUUGAAAGCUUGAUAUUACUGCUUAUUCACUUUCUGAAAUGGAAUAAAUCUUGUUAUUACAAUUUGUGUCUCUUGGUCAUUUCAAGAAUGAAUCUGUUGAGUCUAUGAUGAAAUACUGGAUUAUGCAUUUUGGGUACAUUUUUCGUGUGAUAUCCAUUAAUCACAGAUUAAUUCAUAUGAUUAUUCUUAGUGAAAGGUUGACUUGCUGAGAAUAUGAAUUAUGUAUUUUGACUCAGCAACUAGGGAUAUGCACUCAAUGCUAUUUCAAAUUACCCAUACA